GUGAUACCUAUUCACGGAGAUCGUUCAAGGUACAUCCGGUAUGACAUUAGUUCAAAUAACAGAGCGCACGGUGUUUAAUUGAUGAUGCUGGAUCACUCUGGUUGAGUGAAUAUCCCUUGUCACAGAAACACCAUACCAUGGCGUCAAGAGUAAUUGGAAUUCUUUUGGUUGUCAAUGCAGUAGUUUUUGCGAGGAAUGUCGAAUUCGGAAGCUUCCACGAUAAUUCCGAAGAGGACGACAGCGAUAUUACAUGGCUAUUUGCUGAUCAGCCAGAGAAAGAGAGGAAGGAGGGAGAGGUGAAAGUUUGCAGAACAGAGGCAUGCGAAAUCCUCGGAAAAGAAUUUCUGAGCAGUAUGAAUAAAUCAGCCGAUCCUUGUGACGAUUUCUAUGAUUACGUAUGUGGAGCAUGGACGGGAAAAACCGAUAUAAUACCACCUUAUGAACCCGCUUGGGGUCGCCCACAGCUAUUUCAAUUGACUGUGCAUAAGCGAAUUAAAGGUAUUUUGGAAUCGGAGCCACAACCCACUGACAUUUUACCCGUGAGACAAGCGAAGAAAAUGUACAGAUCCUGUAUGGAUGUGGAGGCACGAGAGAAACGAGGACUCGAACCCCUGGAGUCAAUCCUCAUUCGAACCGGUGGUUGGCCGAUGGUCAUGGAACAGGAGGAGUGGUUUGAGGGGGAUCUCUCUUGGCAGGAAAUCGAGAAGAAUUAUUUUUACGUCAAUGGGAAACUCACUUUCUACGAUAUCGGAAGUUCCUGGUGGAAGCUAAUGGUGUACACAUCAUCAGAUACUGCCAUAACUAUUGAGCCUGGCUCACAACCAUUCCGGCAUCUGUUUCCCAGUAAACGUUGGGAAGCUUCAGAAAAGCAGAAGGAGUCGUACGCUACGUUGAUUGAAAAUAUUGCCAAAGAGUUCAUCAAACAUAACAACGCGGCUGUCACUGAUGAGAUGUUGAAAAAAGAUGUCGAGGCGUUAGUGGCUUUUGAUAUGGAAUUGGCUGAGCUGACAGAUUCAGAUGAAGAUGAACCGACGGAAGAAGACGUGGAACACUUUUUAAAGGAAUACAAUGGAAAUGUGACCGAUUUCUCGGACAAAGAUAAGAUUGCCUUCGAAAAUCUUUUCAAAAUGGUAUUUGAAAUGGAGAACAUUAAAAUCACUCCAUCCACUAAAAUGGCUGUCCGCCAUCCGACAUAUUAUAGCAAUCUAACAGCAUUGUUAAAAGAGACACCCCUCCGAACUGUUGCGAACUACAUCCAUCUAAAUUUUGUGUCUGGAAUGCUUUAUCAUACUACGGAAAAAAUGCAGAAGAUAGCCAAUAACUUCAGGAGCAAAGAGAUUGGAACACCACAGGGGAAACCGCGUUGGAUGGAAUGUGUACACAACAUCAAAAUGGACCACGCUUCUUCAUAUGCGUUUGUCACGAAGUAUUUUACCAAAUAUACAGAGAAAGCUGCAUUAGAAAUGCUGAAGAAUAUUCGUGAAGAAAUGGAAUCGCAAAUCGAGGAUUCAAAUUGGCUUGACGAUGAGGCUAAAGAGCUUUCAAAAGAUAAAUUAAGAAGCAUGCGAAUCUUUCUUGGGUUCCCGGAGUGGUAUCGCAACAGAACCGCUGUUAUGAAUUCAUACAAAGGGCUAAAAGUUGGAUACGACUAUUUCGAGAAUAUUUUGAGUUACCAGAAAUAUGUAAUACGAGAGAAGUUGAGAGAGAUGAAAGGAGAAACUAAAGAUGAAAGUUGGGGUAUCGAGCCUGUGAUUGUCAACGCUAUGUACGGGCCAUCGCAAAAUAUCAUAAAUCUUCCUGCCGCUGAUUUCCAACCGCCCCUGUUUACUCCAAAUCUUCCUGAUUACCUCAAUUACGCAUUGGUUGGCUGCGUAGUAGGGCACGAAAUGGGACAUGGCUUUGAUGAUUCUGGUAUUCAGAUGGGCAAAGACGGCAAGGAUACGAAAAUAUCCGAUGACAUGAUAGAAUUGUAUUACAAACGAGCUGAAUGCUUUUUGGAUCAGUUCAAUGAAUACUGGGGUGUAACAGAAGUCACAUCCGAAUAUGAAACUCCACGAUAUGCGGAUUCAAGUAUUGGACGCAGGACAAGAGGUGAAAACAUUGCCGACACAACUGGACUUCACUCGGUGUUCGAAGCCUAUCGAAAAUUGCGAAAGAGGACGGGCAGACCCGAUGAAAAAAUACCUGGCUUUGAGGAGUAUACGGAUGACCAAAUGUUCUUCAUUUCAUUCGGAUCUACUUGGUGUGGGGUUCAGAGACCAGAAUUUGCUAAAAUGAUGGCCGAGGGCGAUUCCCAUAGUCCCGGUAGAUUGAGAGUGAUUGGGGCAGUGUCAAACACCAACGAUUUCGCCAAAGCUUUUCAAUGCCCGAAGGGAAGUGCCAUGAAUCCUGAGGAUAAGUGCAACAUUUGGAAAGCUGAGGAUGAAUUUCUCGCCAAUGAAGUGAACAAAUUAUCAUGCGACAGGAGGAGACGCAGCAGCCGAUGGGCUUUGAAUGUUUGGUGAUUUCUACUCCAAAACUUGAUGUUAAACAAUAAUAUUUGACAGUUGACGUCAUAAAUUUGUAUAUGUUAAUAUGAAUAUCCUUCCGAAAUAAAGAAAUUCUGAAUAAUAAA